UAGAUGAGUUGCUAAUGAUUGAUAAAAUCAAAAUGCUAAGAACUCAACCUAUAACUAAAUUAGGAGUUUACGGCCAAUAUGGCAUUAGUCUCGAGAAAGCAGUUCAACUUUUUAUUCAGUCAAGGCUUCAGAAAUGUUACUAUACGAAGCAACCAAACAAAGACACUGCUAGACCUGGCUUUGAAUUCAAAGGAAUAAAAGAGCACCGUGAGUACGAGGAAGCUAUUGCUGAGCAAAUCUGUAUGAGAGGUCAUUCUUAUGAAGAAUGUAUAACAAAUGAAAAACAUUUGAAAAAUUCAAAAAAUCAAUUGGAUAUACUUUGUGACGAUUUUGUACAAGUUAAUUAUUUUCUGAAGGAUUGUGAAGUUAAAGAAAAUGAAUCUUAUGAAACGAUAACAGCGGAAAAAAAUAAGCAACAAAAUCUCCAAGCGCAAAUAGUACAAAUUGAAGUGGAUAAUACAAUAUUGAUUACUUUCGUUGAUAAGUUUAAGCAGACAACACAGGGAUACGCACCAUUUGAAGCCGUCUUAAACACCGCGAUUACAGAGCCAAAAUCAUAUGGUUCAAUAGAUGAAAUUAUGAAACGAUGUGACUCACUACAGAAUAACACUGUGCUACAGUGAUUUAGAACUUCUAA